AUGCAUCUUACUGACCUACCAAAUGAGACGCUUUUCUUGAUCGCAUCGUAUCUGCGGUGUCAACAAGAUGUCUAUGCACUUGUACGGACAAAUCGUCAUCUCACUCACACGCUAUACGAUUACCUGUAUAAGUACAACAGUCGCUACUACCACGGGUCUGCACUAGCAUUCGUCACCAGGCAGGGAAACAUAGGUCGUGUCGAAAAGCUUUUAAUCGGGCUCAGAGCCGCCCGAAAGAAGUCUCGAUUCCCACCGGCACCUGGCUGGAGAGGCGAAGCUCUUCCCGAGGAGCGAUGGGAAGACGAGGCUGAGUGGGACUCAGACGAAGAUUUGUAUCCAUUCAGCCGAGACAUUUCGGCUCAUCCACUGAGGGCUGCUGGAUACAGUGCAGCAGACAUUGUCCAGAUCCAAAAGGCCUUACUUGCUGCUAUUGAAAUAAAUCACCAGGAAAUCAUAACGCUUCUAUUUGACUUUGGUGCUCAGGUGAACUUCUAUCGUGGGAGCUUACGUGAUGACAAGCCCAUGAGGUGCCGACUUCCAGACCCUCGCACGAAAGACCCUCCACCACUGUUUUUGGCAGUCAGGUUUGGGAAUGUGGAUCUAGUCAAAUACCUGCUGGAGAAAGGUGCUGAUCCAGACCGCUAUCGCCCCUCCCCGCUGUACCGGGCAGUUGAUGAUAGACAAUAUGAUAUUAUCGCAUUGCUACUCCGUCACGGGGCUCCCCUAUCUUAUGCCGCUGUUUUAAGGAUAGCAACACAGCGCCGAGACAGAGUCAUGCUUCAGUUUUUAUUCGAAAAUGGGGUAGAGGCCGCAGUGUAUGGACACCGGGCGUUACGUGUGGCCAUCCAGAGUGACGAUCAAGAGAUGCUCGAGUUCCUACGUUUGAAAGGCGCGGAUACGGAGAAGCGUUUUGAGGGGUUUGGAGAAUCUGAAGAUGAAUGGGAUCAAGAGGAUGGCGAUGGUAUGGAUGGGAACACUACCCUUGAGGGAUACGUUAGGUGUUUCUUGGAAGAAUCCGAAGAGAGUGAAGAUGAAUCUGCUUCUGUCACGUAA